UCUGGAAUCCAGUUAAUAGAUAACCCCGAAAGCAAACUUGUACUUUGCCUCCCAAAAACACUAAGUGGAGACCUUUUGAAAGGGUGAAUCGAAAAAAACAAAGUGAAACGAUGAAGACAACAUUCAUCCUCCUCCUGAUAUGGGCUGCCCUCUUGACCCCGUUUGGUGGAACACAGGAGACCAGCCCCAACGUGACUGAGCUGUCCACGAAGAACAUAGACUUUGCCAUGGACCUUUACCGCCUCAUUGCCAGCCAUCACGAUGACAACAUCUUCUUCUCGCCCUUGUGCAUGUCAACUGCCUUCUCCGUGUUGGCCAUGGGGGCCCGGAGCUCCACCCGCGAGCAGAUACUCAAGGGGUUACGGCUGGACGUGCUGGACCGGGAUGAACGACCUGAGCUGCUUGCCAAACUCUUCCGUGAGCUGCAAUCCAACAUCACCCAGGAUGGCGGUCUGCAGCUGAACCAAGGAACAGCCCUGUUUGUCCGGCUGCAGUUUGAGGUGUCAAAAGCCUUCAGUGACCAGAUGCAGGAAUAUUUCAACGCUGAUAUCCUCAACGUGGACUUUGCCAAUUCCAAAACCAGCAAGGCCACCAUUAAUGACUACAUUAAGCACAAGACUGGAGACAAGGUGACAGAUAUGAUCAGUAAGAUUGAUCCUUACACUCAGCUCAUCCUUGUCAACACCAUUUUCUUUCAAGGAAAUUGGGAACUCCCUUUUAUUGCAAAAUCCACAACAAAACAGCGUUUUUAUGUGGACAAAUACAACAUUGUCCAGGUGCCCAUGAUGUACAACGACAAUAGUUUCUAUGUGGCCAGGGAUGCAAACCUUAAAAUGAGAUUACUGAAGCUUCCAUAUCUGGGAGGGGCUGCCAUGCUUAUUGUGCUGCCAGAGAAAACCGAAGACUACACCGCCAUUGACGACCACAUCAACGCGGAGGUCUUCCAAGGCUGGCUCAAACAACUGAAGAAAACGAGAAUGGAGGUGAACCUGCCUCGCUUCAAGAUGGAGCAGUCGUACGAGAUGCACAAGAUCCUACCAGACCUGGGCAUAAGUGAUGUUUUCACGAACAGCGCGAAUCUCUCUGGGAUAAGCACUGAGUUUGGCCUGAAGGUGUCUGAGGUGCUGCACAAAGCCGUGAUCGAGGUAGACGAGACCGGAACCACAGCAGCUGCUGCCACAACAACAGGCAUUGUCGCCAAGUCAAUGCCACUCCGAUUUGUUGUCGACCGGCCGUUCUUCUUUUUCAUCUACCAUGAGGUCACCAAUACCAUUUUGUUCAUGGGCAGGGUCAUUGACCCCACCAAGAUGUAACUAGGCUUGGGCUUAUUCAUCAACACAGUAAAAAUUUCUAUAGAAUGA